CGACGACUCAACCCAGUGUCCCGAUGCAAGGCCCCAUGGGUUCGGAGGGGCUUGACGUCCUGUCCGAGGCCUGGUUUAAGCCGCGUGAUCUACCCUUGCUACUCUCAGAACUCAGCUUCCAAGAUUGCCCGCCAUCUGCAUCUGCAUAUCCACUCCGGCAGCCGCUCUGUCUAUCUCACCAUCCCUGUCAGGUCAAGGGUCGCCUGGCUUGACCCUCAAGCUACCCUCAAGCUCCAGGGGCAGCCUCCUUAUAUUUUCUUGAAGCGACAGUGCUUCCUCUUGCAGUUAAUCACCCAUCCACAAGCAGAUCAUGAGACAGCCCGGAGGUUCUGCAGGCUGGAGACGCUUACACUAAAGCGUGGUCCACACAGACGUCCGUUCAAACAGUUGACUGCCUUCCCUCAUCAUUCUCGCAAAUAUUAGCUGUGUGCCUGCUGCUUUUGAUCUGACAGCGGGACCUCUCUGUAGUAGGGCGAGCACACCUCAUGUGCGCAGAGUGUAAUAGUGCCUCGCGAAACCGACAGCUCGGUAACAACAACGACCACCUUCGCUGUAUCCACACCGUUCGCAUGACUUCAGUUCUUGUGGUUUUUCUCCUGACGCAACAACCUGGGACCACUGGCCUGGAGUCCUGACCGUUCGAAAGACUCUGCCCAAGCGAGCCCCAAGGCAACCAGAUUCCUGGUCAGUCCCGCCUCACGCUGGCGUAUCUGAGGUUCGCCUGGCCGGGUUCGCGUACUGCCAGCAUCCCACAACCAAAAGCUUUCGGGCGCCACAGCACGUAUCCCAAUCCCGGAAGCACUCACCUACGCUAAUAUUCCCUGGGCUCCCAUUGCCUCGGGCACCUCAUUCGCCGUCUUGGGUACCCUGCCUCUACUUGUGCUGUCUUUUCUCGCAGUUCAUACCAGCUCGGCCAGAAACCCGCACAGCGUGCCUUAGCCUCAUUCGCAAAAGGGAGACAUCUGCGAGGGGCUCCAGCAUAAGACAGGAACCACCACAGUCCUGUCCCGGGGUUGAAAGACACUCGUCAAUUCAAGGCUGAGGGCUCAGGAACUCAACCCGAGACCAGUCACCUCGUUCUACCGUACUGAUAUUGGGCAUCGGACGACCUAGGCGUUGCCCCUUCUGUUACAUUUCAUUUUAGCCCAUCUGAGGCUACUCGACGAGACAUUGCACAAACCCAUACCCCCCGGGCCAAAAAUAUCUGGCCCUGACCUAGCUGGGUCUUGCAGCUCGGUGCAACACAGCUCGCCAUUAGAAGACCUCCCUGGUCCCCACCCCCAAGCUCCCCGGAUCCUUCCAGCCCAACCCAGCAGCCUUCUGUCCAUUGAAGAAUAAUCUUUGUUCAAUACAUAUGGUAUAGAAAGGCGGCGUGGAAUCUGUCAUCCCGUAACAAACGUCCAUCGUCUCUUCCGGCAGCUUCACUCAACCGCUGUACACAGGCACACGUAUCCCACGUAGUGUCUCUGGUUGUUGACUCGCUGGGAACACCAUCAGUACUUCCUACUUCACCGGCUCUCACGCAACGCGCAACACCCUCGCUCCUUUGGAACAAUAGCCCUCGGCGGAACUGGCAGACCAGCGACCUCUUCGGCCCCCUUGACGAGACUUCAAGCCAAAAGGUUUCAGGAACUAUUGUUGUCGGACUGAGCAGACAAUCACUUCUCUGAUCUCCUUUUCUGGAUCUCGGCAAAUCAGCUCCCCACUUGUGCGCAUUCUGUACGCACAUCGAGCUCCAUUUACGCGGGCUCUACAUCGCAGAGGCAUCUGCCAUACAGCAGUUCCACAUCAACGAAAUGAUGGAAAACCACGCCGACCAUCUGGGUCAUGGCCACGGGCACCGACCGGCGCCAGAAUCUGGAACCGGUCGCCAGCUGAUGAUGCCGCCUUUUCCAAGCCUCCCCCCACAGUCACAGUACCCAGCUUCAGAUAUUCCCAGUACGAGUAGACCUCCCCCAGCCCCAGUCACAACUUCCUCGCUUCUUGUUUCGAGUGGCCACCCCAGCAAUAGACGAUCAGUCGCUGAUGGGGGAGCCAUGACCUUGCAAACGUCCCCAGUGAACAUGCAUGGCGGCUCCUCUCCUGAGUCGCAUGCUGGGGGAACCGGUUAUACGUGGGGAACCCACGACUCUUGGGCUGGCCGAUCACCACAGCAGUAUGGCAACCGAACGCCGGGAGCGCUCAACCAAGGCGGUUUCUUCUUCCAGAACAUGAAUACAAUGCCCUCAACGACGGCACACAGCAUCUCCCCAAUCACGGCGACGACACCAGGCGACACGCUUCCAUCAUUUCACUCUUCGCCCGCAACGAGCAUGUCACAUCUCUCCAUCGACCAAGCCACGAGCAACGGCAGCAGCAACGGGAUAUUACCACCAUUUCGGCAGAAUUCCACAAGCUACACGCCACGCCCGACGCCACCACUUGGUCGUUCAUCCUCGUUCCCCAGCCCCUCGGGGACAGUGCCCCCUUACGUUCCAGGAAUCUCGUCAAUGUUGCCCAUGUCAACAAUGCCCUCGUCGACGCGUCCAGGUCUGGCAGCACCAAUCUCGCCACUGGGAAGCUCAGGGCCCCCAGGGCCCCCAGGGCCCCCACCGCCUGCCCAGGGGCCUGGAAGAUUGUCCCCUUACUCUUCUGGGCAUCAACAACAGUAUAUGCACAACCUAGGCAACCCGGGGCAGCCAAUGGCCCUGGUGUCGCAUUAUUCUCCAGCCGCGGCGGCGGCAGCGUACGGGGGCCACUUCAGCGGCAUGAUGUUCCAGUCACAACAACGACAGCCGGACAAACCGCAUCAGUGCGACCAGUGCCCAACGGCGUUUACGAGAAACCACGACCUCAAGAGGCACAAAAGGAUACACUGGGCAGUGAAGCCAUUCCCUUGUGACGGGUGUGAGAAGGCAUUCUCCAGAAAAGACGCUUUAAAGAGACACAAGCUCGUGAAGUGCUGUGGGAAAGACGGCAAGGACAAGAGAGAUGGGAGCCCGUCUUCUACAGAAAGCCAGGGCAACAGCGGCGAGUUGUCACCGAGAGACCCCAAGAGGUAGCUCGAAAACCGAAUCGAAUCCUGUGGGGGCUCCGGCGGAUUUAUGGGUCUUUCUAGGCCGCAAGACACAACUCGACAGGCCCGACGGCACUUGGUAGUUGCUUGCGAACAGCUCCUCGGGCUCACACGGCUGUUUCAAUGGCUCUGCCUGGACAGCUUCGACGCCUGAGGAGCCGAAAUUGCUGCAAUAGGCGUUCCAGGCUGGUGGCUGUUCCAUUGGGCAUGUGGCAGGCUUGUCAAACAAAAAAAACAUGGCGAGGCGUUCUUCAGGACAGGAAAUGGUCACUGGUUACGGGGACAGGGCAAAAGGAGAGUAUGUGAAGAAAAGGGAACAAACAACACCGAGGCGGAGCAGACUCUCUCUUGGUACUUCUUUUUCUGUGUGCUAUAGGGUCAGAGGCAUGGGGCCAGGAGGGCGGGCGCAUGAGAUUGGGACAAUCGGGACAACCGGGACACGGGCAAGGCUGUUUUAUCAUACAGUACAGCUUCUAGUCGUUUGCACGGGGCAUUUAUUGGGUGGAUAUGGAGGCUGGACCUGGGGAUUUAAUGGAGUUUGUGUUGACUGAAGGCAUUUGUCAUGAGGAGUUAAUUGUCAUCAGGGGGUCAUAUUUUGACCAACAAAUCCUUAGUCGUAACUUCCGCGGUUGUUGACUGCCACUGCGAGGCAUGUAUGUACAAUGAAAGCAUUGCAACGCACGG